GACUCAAUUAAAUUACCUGUCAUAAUCUCCAAUGCUUCCAUCCCUCAGCGUGAAAUUGGGAAAUCAAACUUUUCUACGAACAACAGUCAACGGCACAAAACUACCCAACUCUCUGUCUCAACUUCAGCAGCUACCAAUCACUCAUCGGAACAGCCGCUCCGGUCCAAAGAGCACUGGACUUUGAUCGGCGAUCAUGGCCGGAGUCAUCAACGUCUCCCAGUUUCCAAUCCUCCGAACAUUUUCCCGCCGCAGCAGUGUACCUGCAGGAAUCAGGACCUCCAUUCCGGCAACCAGGGCCUCCUCGUCGGAGACACCUCCGAGCUCUGGCGCCACGACGGCAGCCACUAGAGGAGAAGAACAAGAAGCAGCGCCCUCAUUUGCUGCCCCAGCCGGUUUCAAGACGCCGGAGCCAAAGAGGUUUGCUGUCCGACCAGACAAGGGUUUGGAUGUUGCCGGAGCGGCUCUCGCCCUCUUUUUCCGCCUCGGCACUGGUGUCUUCCUCAAUGGCUACUCAGUGUCUUUCGUGUCCAAAGACGAGAUUCCUGCUGAUCAAUAUGCACUAGAACUAGCAGGUUACAAAGUGAAAGAGACCUCAAAGCUAGGACCUCGUCCAGAGCAGCCAAUCAUGAUAUAUGAGUUUGAAAGCUGUCCUUUCUGUCGAAAGGUUAGGGAAAUUGUUGCUGUCUUGGAUCUUGAUGUCCUAUUUUACCCCUGCCCAAGGAAUGGUCCCAAUUUUCGCCCCAAGGCUGUUGAGUUGGGGGGCAAGCAGCAAUUCCCCUACAUGGUUGAUCCAAAUACUGGAGUUUCAAUGUACGAGUCAGAUGCGAUUAUCAAGUAUCUGGUUGAUAAAUAUGGUGAUGGACGAGUUCCUCUGAUGUUGUCGCUUGGUCUUCUAACGACUUUGACUGCAGGCUUUGCUAUGAUUGGUCGUAUGGGAAGGGGACAAUCAUAUAUUCCAUCCAAAUUGCCUCCGAAACCUCUAGAGUUAUGGGCGUAUGAGGGUUCUCCAUUCUGUAAGCUUGUCCGUGAAGUUCUCGUAGAGUUGGAAUUGCCACAUAUAUAUCGAAGUUGUGCCCGUGGCAGCCCAAAACGGCAGAUACUAUAUGCAAAAACUGGACAUUUUCAGGCACCUUAUCUUGAAGACCCUAACACAGGUGUACAGAUGUUUGAGAGUGCAGAAAUCAUUGAGUAUCUAACAGCGACUUAUGCUGCAUAAAACAACCAAACUUCUCCAUGGGAAUACCUUACUUUCCAGAGCAGCCUGCUUUGCUUCACCCCAUCCUCCUGCUUUUACUAUGUACAAAUUCAUAUAGUUAUUCACUAGAAAAUGCAUUGUUAAAAAAUUGCUCUGUAGCCUUGCUUGCUGCAAUAGAAUGAAGGAAGAGGUUAAUGUUGAUGUUCAGGACUAUGCAAACUCCGUUGUACUAUACUGAAGGUAGAAAGAUUGUGAUGGAGCAUUGACAUUGAAUUCAAAACCGCAAAAUGGCUGAUAGGGAAGAAGUUUGGGGAGUGACUGCAGCCAUAGUGAUGACGACCAAUUCUGAAACCACCACAAACGACCCCAAACAGGCAGACUAAUAGAAUGCUGAUAUUAAGUUGACCUGAUCCCACCAAAGAGCAGUAACCCAAAUAUACAUUUGCGGGUCUCGAAUUUAAGGCUGCAGGCUUCGUGCAAGGGUUGCUGUUUGUCCAUUUGCGGGAAGACUUUUGUCUUAAGGAUCCCGACUGUUUUGGCUAACUAGUAAUCUGUAACCCAUGUUUCAUACGGGUAAGCAUGGCUGUAGAAGCAGCUGGUCUGAUCUGCCUACAAAAGUAAAAGGAGAAGAAGAUAGAUUUGUGUUGCCGAACAAACCCAUUUCGGAAAGAGUAGUGCUGUGGUCCUCUCCAUCCAUAGUGCGGAGUUCAGGACAGGAGGGCAUAAUUCAAAGCUUACCCACAUAAUAUGCGGAAUCUGCUAAUAAUAUAAUAUCAGAACGUUCUGAAGCAGAGAAAUAAAGAGU